GGCUCCACCGGCUGCCGUGCUGGGCCUCGGCAUUCUCGCAGCGGCGCCGCGCAGCAUUAGGCUUGGGUCGCGGCAUCGGGAGCGCAAGCGGCGGUGCUGCUGCUCGUGAGGUGCCGGGCAGAGGCGGCGGGCGAGGCGGGCGCCACUGGCCGGCCGGAAGGGCGCUUCAGCUCCGCAGGAGCCCGCGGUGCGGGACCCAGGACCGAGAAGGAGGCAGCGCCCUCGCUGUCCGGGGCCCGGCCCAGUGCCGGCCCGGAGGGGUCGCGGCCGGACGUCUUCGGCCCCGACGCGCCUCCCGGAGAGGACCCCAGAGUUCCUGGCCGCCCCCUGGGGGUGCCCUCAGCCCCCCGGGAUUCACCUGCGCAGGCCGCCUGGCACCCAGGUGCGGGGGCGUGUGCGCGGCGAGGGCACCUCCCCCGGCCGCCAGCGGGGCGGGGGCGGGGCUGCCCGCCGCCUUCGGCCUCACCAGUCCGCCUGCCGCCUUCAGUCUCACCGGUCCGUCCGCCACGCUCGGCCGCCGGGCGUGAGCUACCCGGGGACCGCGGGUCGGGAUGCUGCCUGCCAGUGCGGCCGCUCGCGUGCCUCCCGCCACUCCUGUCCUCGCUUCUUGGGCCGCGGCCCGCUGUUUACAUGCCGGUGAAGCCCCUGGCCACUCCGAGCCCCUGCGAGCCCCAGCUCCCCGAGGGUGAAGCCAGCCGCCCCGCGAAUUGGACUGGUCGUUCAGACCUGGGCCCUCCGGACUCGGAUCCCCGCCCGCUCUGCCGCCUCCGCCACCAUCUGGGCGGGAUCGGGCUCUGGUGUUUUGAGGAGGGGGUGUGGUGUAGGGAAAGGAAUCCUGGGGAUUUCUGGCUCCCCCCCUUUUUUGGCCUUCGAGGCUUUAGACUCAGGGAACUCGCUCAUGGCUUUCUUGAUGAAGAAGAAGAAAUUCAAAUUCCAAACCACUUUCACCCUGGAGGAGUUGACGGCUGUCCCCUUUGUGAACGGGGUCCUCUUCUGCAAAGUGCGACUGCUGGAUGGCGGGGAUUUUGUCAGCUUAUCGUCAAGGGAGGAGGUGCAGGAGAACUGCGUGCGGUGGCGGAGACGGUUCACCUUCGUGUGUAAGAUGAGCGCCAACCCGGCCACCGGCCUGCUGGAUCCCUGCAUCUUCCGGGUGUCGGUGCGCAAGGAGCUGAAAGGCGGGAAGGCGUACUCCAAGCUGGGCUUUGCCGACUUGAACCUGGCUGAGUUUGCAGGCUCGGGCUCCACCGUGCGCUGCUGCCUGCUGGAGGGCUACGACACGAAGAACACCCGCCAGGACAACUCCAUCCUCAAGGUCACCAUCGGGAUGUUUCUGCUCUCUGGAGACCCGUGCUUCAAGACGCCGCCGUCCACUGCCAAGUCCAUCUCCAUCCCAGGCCAGGAUUCCUCCCUGCAGCUGACCUGUAAGGGUGGCGGGACCAGCAGCGGUGGCAGCAGCGGCACCAACUCCCUGACGGGGUCCCGGCCCCCCAAGGCCCGGCCCACCAUUCUCGGCUCAGGGGUGCCAGAGGAGACAGACCAGAACCUGUCCAGCCCCGAGGAGGUGUUCCACUCCGGCCACUCCCGCAACUCCAGCUACGCCAGCCAGCAGUCCAAGAUCUCCGGCUACAGCACGGAGCACUCGCGCUCCUCCAGCCUCUCGGACCUGACGCACCGCCGCAACACGUCCACCAGCAGCAGUGCCUCUGGUGGCCUCAGCAUGACCGUGGAGGGCCCCGAGUCUGGUGAGCGCGAGCACCGGCCUCCCGAGAAGCCCCCGCGGCCGCCCCGGCCCCCACUUCUGUCUGAGCGCUCCUUUCGGCGGAAGAAGGACUCGAUGGAGAGCCACCCGCCCUGGGUGGACGACACGCGGAUCGAUGCGGACGACAUCGUGGAGAAGAUCAUGCAGAGCCAGGACUUCACGGACGGCAGCAACUCCGAGGACAGCAACCUCCGGCUGUUCGUGAGUCGCGAUGGCUCCACCACGCUCAGCGGCAUCCAGCUGGCCAACAGGGUCUCCUCUGGGGUCUAUGAGCCCGUCGUCAUUGAAAGCCAUUGAGGAGCGGGUGUCCAGGCUGGAGAAGGGCCCUUCCUUUGCGGGCGUCCAGACCCCCACCAUUCCACGAGGGACCUUCCCCUUUGGAUAUCACCGUCCACGCCGCAUCUCAUCUGUGCCUCCUCCGUGCACUCCAGCCGCAGUCCUGCCCCAAAGCCUCAUUCCACUGUCCUCCCAUCCACGCUGGGACCCUCCUGGCCUGCUGGGGCCUGGGCACCACUGUGAACAUUCUUCUCUCAACCACUAGAGGGCAGGACACGUGGGCCCGUGAAGUGGGCGGGCAAGACAAUGAUGGCCAGAAUGCCCCGCUGGUGACUGACCUGGUCCCUCGAUGGGGACGCGCAGCGGGUCCUACACACACGGAGCUGCUCAUGGCCGAGGGGCCCCUUGCCCUGUCCCCCACCCCCCCUAGGAGCACCAGCUCAAACCAUGCCCCGGCAGGGCUCUGUUCCAUCGCCCCCCAUUCCCUUGGGGGCUGUUUCACCCCCAGAAUCCUGCCACCGUGGCCCUGUGACUGCUUAGUGCUUUAGCUACCCCUCCCCUGUGCCCUGGGGGACCUGCCGGCGGCCUCCCCCGGGAGCCAAGACCUCAGACCCCACCCGUACUCCAGAUUGAGACUCCCUCCCCCAGAGAAUGUUCUCCUGCUGCCCGGGCAGCCUGCACUUUGCACACGCUUGUGUCCAGCACAGCCCCACUGGCCCUCGCCUGCCCUUCCCCUGAUCCCUUCCCCAGGCUUCUUGGGCGCUGCCUGCUGUGCAGUCCGCGGCCCAGCCCUAGCAGCCCGGCUGGCACGGGGCCCUGCCUCUCCUCCCUCCAAGCUAGCUGCAGCUCAGGCCCGAGGCCCGUGCUGAGAAAGGCCUGAGCUUCGAUGGUCCUUCCCCUCUGCCCAGGGCUGGGACCUGAGCAGCUGGUUUCCUGUAGGAAGCCAGAAAGGUGCCUCCCAAGCCCUUGGAAGUCAGGGGCCCGGCUGGGCUGGGCAAGCGCCACCCCCGUUCUCUCCCCUCAGGGUCAGCUGGCCCAGGCUGGGGCCACUGCUGGAGGGGCAGGUGGGCUGUGGCUGGACCAGCUGGAGCUGGCUCCCUGGCCAGAAAAGCCUCAGCCUUCCUCUAAAAGCAUCCCCCUCUCCGGGCAAGGGCUGGGCGGGGUCCUUCCAGGAGGGGUUUCCUGCAGGGAGCAGCCCGGCACUGCCCCUGCCCCCUCACCAGAGCCUCUGCUCCGAGCACUUUCCGCCCGCCCCCCGCCCCCCAGUCCUCAUUACUGCUUGAAGGUAGGUGCGGGCUGCCAGCCAGUCUCUGGACAGUCUCCCUGCCGCUCUUAACGUCACUCGUUUUUGUAUAAACCCAGCGGGCUGGUGUUUACUUACCCUAUACAUUUUUCUCUUCUUUCCUUUCCUUUCCUUUCUCCCUUUUUCUUUCUUUUCAUUUUUUUUUGUAGGGUUCACAGUUCGACAUUUUUCCCUCCCCCAGGUGAGGGGAGGUGGUUCUGUUCUGUGCCCCACCCACUGACUGGGUCCCCAGCAGGGCUGGGGAUCUGGAAAGGGGGGGCCAGGAUACUGGUUCUGUCUCUGGCAGGGGUGGGGGUGAGGGUGUCCUCCCCAGGCCGGGAGGGCUCCUGGCCCCUCUGCCCCAGCUGGCACGAGUUGGAGUCUUGGUCUUCGAACCUUUCAGCACUGGGACCAGAGCAGUUCUAGGAUUUUGUUGUUUUUAAUCACCUUUUAGGAAAAGAAUGCCGGCAGGCACCUGCCGAGGCAGGACAGCGCAUUCGCUGUGGCUGGAGAAGGCUCCGGUCAGCUCUGUGGGUCCCUUCCUGCCCCUAGACACCUGGCACUUUAAAAGGCGGCUGGCUGCACUGUCUCCAGAUGGAGUGACUCCCAGGAGAUGGGGGGUAUACCACCCUUCCCUCCUGUGUCUGCCGGACCUCAGCCCAGUGGGAAGGUGCAUGCAAGGUGCAUUUGGUGUCUGGUUCAAAAUUCUGGGGCGUUAGGCAGAAAAUGGCUGGCUUUGGUGCUGCUGGGGAAAGCCCCCAGAAGAAGGAACGCUAGCCCCACUGUAGAUGAGGCCUGAACUUGACAGUCACCCCAGCAGACAGCCUCCCACAGCCUCCCAUGCCAGGCCCUGGGCCAGGGUCAUUGGGCUGAGAAUUUGGCCGUGACCAAAUUAACGCUGGCCAGAGCCCUGGCCUCGUCCCUGCGUGGGAGCCUCCGGUCCACUCAAGCUCAGUGAAUUCCCCCUAGGCGCCCACCGCUCCUGGACUUAAAAAUUCUAUAUAGAGAGAAUAGAGAGGAAUAUAUUAGAGAUAUUUUUGGAAAGGAUUUGGUCUAUGCAAUGACAGUUUGGAAUCUCGGAAGACAGUUUAACGUUUUUACUAGGAGAUUUAAAGAAAAUAAAUAAAGGUCUACAAUAUUUUUAGGUUAUUUUUUUUUUCUGGUCACCCCACAAACUGACCACAUGGCAUGAUCUGCCAGGAUGGAGAAUGUCCAUGCUCUCCUCUCUCUAGGGAGGUGGGCAGGGAGAUGGGGGUCGGGCGGGACGGGGAGGUCUUUUUUAUUUUUGUUAAUUCCCCUCUUUCUAACGGAACGUUGCCACCACCACACCCUGAGUCAGUGGGCUGUGUUUGUAUCUCUGUCCCAGCUUCUACUGUAGAAAAUAACAUUGUAAAGGGGAAUCAGCCUAGUGUCAGUGUCUUGAUUUGGGGGGGAAAUAAAUGUUGCAGUUUUUGUUCCUUAA